AUGACAAAGUACCUGAAUUGUCACGAGGGGCCAUGCAGAAUCCUGGCUAGAAACGGAAAGAGAAAGCAAUGGUUGAGAAUUGAAUUGCGGGCGUACUUGGCUGUAUGUCACUGGGCUAACGAGGAUAAGACGCUAUCUCUUCUACUGAAUCUCCAAUUAUCUGGGCAUCACGUUUCACUUGUCUUCUUUAACGAAAUACAUGGCUGUAGUUCCGGUAUGCCACAAAAUGAAUUAUAA